UCUUUGAGAGUUAGGGGGUUCCCACGUCCAGGGACUCCGCAUCUAUACAUUUCCAAACUGGAUCGAAGGCGGCGAGUGAACAGGCCUCGGACAAACAUGGCUACUGCCAAGGGGAUGGCGAUCGGCAUCGACCUGGGCACCACCUACUCGUGCGUGGGGGUGUUCCAGCACGGCAAGGUGGAGAUCAUCGCCAACGACCAGGGCAACCGCACCACCCCCAGCUACGUGGCGUUCACCGACACCGAGCGGCUGAUCGGGGAUGCGGCCAAGAACCAGGUGGCCAUGAAUCCCCAGAACACCGUCUUUGACGCCAAGCGGCUGAUCGGCCGCAAGUUUAAUGAUCCUGUUGUGCAGUCAGAUAUGAAACUUUGGCCUUUUCAAGUGAUCAAUGAAGGCGGCAAGCCCAAGGUGGUGGUGUCCUAUAAAGGCGAGAACAGGGCUUUCUACCCUGAGGAGAUCUCUUCAAUGGUAUUGACCAAGAUGAAGGAGACUGCAGAGGCCUUUCUGGGCCAUCCUGUCACCAAUGCCGUGAUCACUGUGCCAGCAUAUUUCAAUGAUUCUCAGCGCCAGGCCACCAAGGAUGCAGGUGUGAUUGCAGGACUCAACGUGCUCAGAAUCAUCAAUGAGCCCACAGCUGCUGCUAUUGCCUAUGGUUUGGAUAAAGCAGGUCAGGGAGAGAGACAUGUGCUCAUCUUUGACCUGGGCGGGGGCACCUUCGAUGUGUCGGUCCUGACCAUCGACGAUGGCAUCUUCGAGGUGAAGGCCACGGCGGGGGACACGCACCUGGGCGGGGAGGACUUUGACAACCGGCUCGUCAGCCAUUUCGUGGAGGAGUUCAAGAGGAAGCACAAGAAGGACAUCAGCCAGAACAAGCGGGCCGUGAGGCGGCUGCGCACGGCCUGUGAGCGCGCCAAGAGGACGCUGUCGUCCAGUACGCAGGCCAACCUGGAAAUUGAUUCCCUUUAUGACGGUGUUGACUUCUACACAUCCAUCACCAGAGCUCGUUUUGAGGAGCUGUGUGCAGACCUGUUCAGGGGCACCCUGGAGCCCGUGGAGAAGGCUCUUCGGGAUGCCAAGAUGGACAAGGCUAAGAUCCAUGACAUUGUUUUAGUAGGCGGCUCCACGCGCAUCCCCAAGGUACAGAGACUGCUUCAGGACUAUUUUAACGGGCGCGACCUCAACAAGAGCAUCAACCCCGACGAGGCGGUGGCCUACGGGGCCGCAGUUCAGGCAGCUAUUUUGAUGGGCGACAAGUCCGAAAAGGUACAGGAUCUGCUCUUGUUGGACGUGGCCCCCCUGUCUCUGGGAUUGGAGACGGCCGGAGGCGUGAUGACCGUCCUGAUCAAGCGCAACUCCACCAUCCCCACCAAGCAGACGCAGAUCUUCACCACCUACUCGGACAACCAGCCCGGGGUGCUGAUCCAGGUGUACGAGGGCGAGCGCGCCAUGACGAAGGACAACAACCUGCUGGGCCGCUUUGACCUGACCGGAAUACCCCCUGCCCCCAGGGGGGUUCCUCAGAUCGAGGUCACCUUCGAUAUUGAUGCUAAUGGUAUCCUCAAUGUCACAGCUACCGACAAGAGCACCGGGAAGGCCAACAAGAUCACCAUCACCAACGACAAGGGCCGCCUGAGCAAGGAGGAGAUCGAGCGCAUGGUUCUGGAAGCUGAGAAAUAUAAAGCUGAAGAUGAGAGUCAAAGGGAGAAAAUUGCUGCGAAAAAUGCCUUAGAAUCCUAUGCUUACAACAUGAAGAGUGCGGUGAGUGAUGACAAUCUCAAAGGCAAGAUCAGUGAGUCUGAUAAAAAGAAAAUACUGACUAAAUGCAACGAGGCCCUGUCCUGGCUGGAGGCCAAUCAGCUGGCUGAGAAAGAGGAGUUUGAUCACAAGAGGAAGGAGCUGGAACAGGUGUGCAGCCCCAUCAUCACAAAGCUGUACCAGGGGGGGUGCACCGGGCCCGCGUGCCCAACGGGGUACGCACCUGCGCCCGGAAGGCCCGCGGCAGGCCCGACCAUCGAGGAAGUAGAUUAACGUCUUCUGGAGCUAGAGGGCUCCAGGGUGCUUCUAGGUGAAUUUUAUUCCUUUCCCCCUCAAUCACCCUUCUGAUUCUUGAAUUAACUGGACCUAAGUUACCACCCCUUUGGGAUUCUGAUGGUUAAGUCUCAUAAAUCAGCCUUUCAUACUCCGACAUCUUGUCUGUGGAUCUGAAAUGGAUUUUUAAAAGAAAACUAGGCCUCUCUUUGAACAUCUGGUGAUUCUGAAUGUUUCAUUUAUUUCCAGCCACACCAACUUUCGCCUUCCUGCGUGGAUGGUUAUUUGUCACUC